AUGACAGAAUACAAGUUGGUUGUGGUUGGUGAUGGUGGCGUCGGCAAAUCUGCACUCACCAUCCAACUUAUUCAAAAUCAUUUCGUUGAGGAGUAUGACCCCACCAUCGAGGAUUCUUAUCGCAAACAGGUAGUAAUCGAUGGUGAAACGUGUCUGUUAGAUAUUCUGGAUACAGCUGGUCAAGAGGAAUACAGCGCAAUGCGCGAUCAGUAUAUGAGGACAGGCGAAGGAUUCCUUUUAGUAUUCGCUGUGAACGAAACGAAAAGUUUCGAAAAUGUUACACAUUAUAGGGAGCAAAUACGCAGAGUCAAAGACAGUGACGAAGUGCCGAUGGUGCUAGUUGGAAAUAAGUGUGAUUUAGCACAACGUGUGGUGGAGUCACGUGCAGUUGCCGAGGCAUCACGUGCAUAUGGAAUUCCCUUUGUUGAGACAUCCGCGAAGACGCGAAUGGGCGUUGACGAUGCAUUUUAUACGUUGGUUCGUGAGAUACGUAAACAUAAACAAAAACAGAGUGUUAAGCCGAGAAAGAAACGCAAAUGUACGAUCCUAUAA